GCAUGCGCAGCAGAGAGCGCCACAGCGUACCAGAAGAUGGGUCAUAUGUUGUUAUGAGCUGUGAGUUAAUGUAGAAAGCAGCGGUAGUUUGUGUUAUUAUAACGCUUUCAAGACCUCUGAGGAAACAAUUAAUAAUGUGUGUCGCGUCAACAGCGGCAGAAAACAGCAGAUCCCGCCUGUGGACGUAGAUUGAUGGUCUAGCCGGGGUGGAGAUGAUAAAGUUCGUGCUGAUGGUGAACCGCCAGGGUCAGACCCGGCUGUCGCGCUACUACCAGCCGGUGGAGCUCGGCAAGAGGGCGGCUCUGGAGGCCGACGUGGUGCGCGGCUGCCUGUACCGCAAGAAGGAAGAGUGUUCCUUCGUGGAGUACAAGGACUUCAAGCUGGUGUACCGCCACUACGCCUCGCUCUACAUCGUGGUGGGGAUCACAGAGUCGGAGAACGAGCUGUCCGUCUACGAGCUGGUCCACAACUUCGUGGAGGUUCUGGACAAGUACUUCAGCCGUGUGAGUGAGCUGGAUAUCAUGUUCAACAUGGACAAGGUCCACAUCAUCCUGGACGAGAUGAUCCAGAACGGCCACGUGGUGGAGACCAACCACUCCCGCAUCCUGGCCCCGCUCAGCGCGCUGGACACACUGGCUCACAGCUGAGGACGUCACCAUGACGACCACGGAGCGCAUACCCAUCACCAUGACGACCGUGGUGCGCAUACCCAUCACCAUGACGGCCACGGAGCGCAUACCCAUCACCAUGACGACCAGGGAGCACAUAGCAAUCAACAUGACUAACGUGGUGCUCAUGCUCCAUCACCAUGACUACCAUGGAGUUCAUACCCAUCACCAUGACUACCAUGGAGCUAAUGCCCAUCACUACCAUAGAUUCAUGUGUGGUUCAUAAACAAUGUGCCCUGAAGAUGCUGGAUCACCAUGACGACGACAAGGGAGGUAGACACUGGAUCGCCACGACAACAUGGUUUCAUACUUUGCAAAUAUUUUAAUGAUUUUUUUGUUUGGAGCAUACACAUUUGAAAAUAUCUGUUGACCUCAAACUGCAACUUGAGUUAAAUAAAGGUUUAUAAUAUACAAAGAAAA